GACAUGGUAGCGGGGCGGAAGCCAGCGUCGACGUGGCAGGCGGUAGCGGCCAAGGUUGUUUCCGGGAACAGGAUCCGGCGCGGGCUCGGGAAGGAUGUCAGGAUUCAGGAUUUUAGGGUUGAGGAGCUGGGUGGGCGCGCUGGGAAGUCCGUGUUUGGGCCCGUCAGUGUCUUUAAUGGCGCUGUUAGCUUCAGGGUCAAGAAGCCGCUCAAGGGGAUCACCGUUACUGUCGCGUUCGCGGGCGUGACCGAGGUCGAGGGAUCGUUUGUGAGCUUUUUGAGUGAGCGCUUGGAUGUGUUUUCUGGAGGUGAUUUCCAGGCCAAGCUGGCAGUCGACGACCGGCCCGACUCGCGGGAGACGCUGCCGUUCAGCCACAACACGGAGAUAAUGGAGUACCGAACGAAGCCGCUGCGGAUCUCGUUCAUUCCCUAUGUGGACUCGUCGCUCGAAACACCGCUGGUCUCGAGAAAACCGAGCAUGCGCAAGAGACACUCUGAGAAUGGCUCGGGGAAACGGGAGUCGCGGUUGAGCGCGCACACAAUUUUUCCUCCGGGGACACCGGGGCUCGGGAGUGGUGUCAGCGGUACCAGUGGGGCCAGUGGACAAACCACACCUAAGAUGCGUGGACCGAAACUUACGCUCACGACCGCGGACCUGCCGGGCUCGCCGUCGAGUAGUAGCACUCCGUUGAUUGACCGUCCGCACCCGGCGGCGCUGUCGUCCGCUAUCGAGAGGUCGACUCGUGUCACCGAUGAGGCCGAAAAUACCAUUGCCAAACUCACCGUGGAAAUGCCCGCCAGCCGCUUCCUCCCCGGCGAUAACAUCGUCAUGAAGCUUACUCUACAAAUCCGCAGCGGCGUGCCCAUACCAAAAGGCCUGGGCGCACGAGUGAUCGAAACACGCUCACUCGCCAUUGAGGGGGACGCACCCACGCAGGAAAUCGACGCCGACGAUGACGACGACGAAGAGGCCGGCCGGGACCCGGUACACAUGAUCGUCGUGGGCAAGGAACAGCUCCGCGUCCUGACCGGCAAGAAGUUUUUGCUGCAUCCUAACGAGGUGCACCCGAUCCAGCAGGCGCAGGAGAUGAAGCUUUCGGAGCGGGACACGGGGCUAGCCGGCGGACUAGAGAUGAUUAAGAGCAUGACGGUCACCCUCCCGCCGUUUCGCACUUUCAUCUCCGACUCGUUGCUCCCCACCGCUACACUGCCGCUCGGUGAUCCACACUCUACCACUACUACCACCGCCGAUAACAGCACCGAUAACAGCCCCUUCCUCACCCCCGCAACCACCAGGGACAAGGGCAAAGGCAAAGGCAAAGAAAAAUGUCCGCUCCCGUCCAUCACGCCCACGCCCACCUCCACAUCACCGGACUCCCGCGACCCCCGCGACCCAGCGGCGCUGUUAUUCCGCGUCCAACACGUCGUGCAGAUCACAGUGCCAAUGCUGAGCGCCGAAGCGGCCAGCAGCCGCUGGUACAGCACCGGCACUAGCACUAGCAGCCUCAAAGCUGAAGACCUAGAGGUCACCGUCCCGAUUAUUCUCGGGAAUAAGGAUCCGAGAACUGUCAAGACUUCGGUGGCGGAGUUGAGGUUGACGGCUGCUGGGGGAGGGGGGAGUGGCGGAGGGGUUGGGGGAGCGGGUGGGGGAGGAAGUGGCGAAGUGACGUGGAGGGGCGGGAUGAAGUUUGGGACUUUGAGGGAUGGGAGGGAGGGGAGGGGGAGGCCAGGGUUCGUUAUUGAUCCGUAGGUUUGGGAGUGCUUUUCGCUGGUGUUUUGAGAGAGGAGUGUUUUGAGUGGCGAUUGCUGAGUGGAGCGGUUGCGGUGGCGUUGACGUUGGCGUUGUAAUGCGGUGUAUUUUUUUCUUACUCUUAGUUACUCUUACUCGAUACCUCUUCUGUUGCUUUUGCCCUAUAAGCUUAGUUUGUCUGCUCAUUGAUACCUCUUCCUCUGGCUAUUGCUUUAACUGCUUGUUUAGCUUUCCUUUUCUUUUCUUGCUUUUUGAUUGUUUGAUUGUUUGAGUGGUGGAGGAAUGGAGGUAUGGAGGGAUAGCUCGAGGUGGACUCGAGGCGGGCUCGAAGGCUGGCACAAAGGGCUGGUAUAAAGUAUACAUAUUCAAGCUGCGAAUUGUGAAGAGAGAGAGAGAGAGAGAGAGAGAGAGAGAGAGAGAGAGAGAG